AUGAAGUUUGGAAAAGGUUUAUUGCAUGAGAUUCUUCAGAGCAAUCCGGAAUGGGCACCAUUCUGGCUCAAUUACAAAGCGCUCAAAAAACGCAUCAAGGCCGUGACCCGCGCAGCCCAUCACGCUGCAAACCAACGUGAUAUCUCUGAAUCCAAAUUAGAGGUGGCUUUUUUCCGCGAUCUCCAGACCGAACUCAAGAAGAUUUCGCUCUUUUACGCGGCAGAGGAGAAGCGCUGUUCCUUUCGCUACCAGCAGUUGCAGUCUGUGCUCCAGACUCUGAAGAGAAAAGAGAACAUUGAUGCAUUUGAAGCGCAACGACUCAUGUAUGCCUCUGUGCAUUUCUAUCGCGAAUGCAUUCGCCUUGAAAACUUUGCUGUGAUAAAUUAUCAGGGAUUUUCCAAGAUUCUUAAAAAGCACGACAAAAUAACGGGCUACAAUACACGCUCCAAGUACAUGCGCCGUAAGGUGAACUUGUUGUCGUUCUCAAGUUAUCCAAAUUUGCUCCAAAUCUUGUCGAGCACUGAAAAAAUGUUCCAUGAAGUAGAGCGUGACACUAGUAUGGUCAUGUCCAGCAUGAAGUAUAACAUGAAGUCGAAGGGAAUAAAUACCGAGAAUGGCCGUGUACCGAUUCCAAUGGUGCAUCUUUGGGCUGGAACGAGUAGAUCGUCGACGCCCAUUGCCUCAUCACUGGCUUCCAAUUGUUCAUCUCCUCACGUCACACGGUCCAACAUUUCUACCAAUGGUGCGUCAUUUUCUGGAUCGAUGCUAGAAAAAACACGAGACAGUCAAGACUUGGACAAUGUCUAA